GACGCUCAGCAUGUUCGGUUUCGACGACAAGCUUACCCUCCUAAUCCAGCACCUUUCCAACCACGAGUUGAAGAUUAUAAUCUACCGCCAUUCUACCAGCCACAUCCGGGUAGGGAUGCAUCUUCACUGACGCCAAUAUUUCCAUUCACCAGUGAGUUUAAUAAUGGUCUGGAUGUGAAUCCUGGCACAAGGGUUACGGUAGAUGGAAAUGUGAAUGUACCUAUACUUGGAUGGGGAAUUUGGGAUUAUAAAGAAAACGUCCCAUCAAUACCCGUAUCGGUCCUACCAGGAAACUUUGUGCCUUUACGUUGUAAACCUCCAUUCUGUAACCCCUUCGUACACAACACAGCUUUCGGUGUUGAUGUCGAACCUGGAGAUGAUUACCUCUUCGAUGGUGGCCUCGACUUCCCCAUUCCACUUGGGCCCUCUGGUGUGGGUGUACGGUUCCCACUCAGCGGUGCUGUCAAUGUGGGUACCGAUCCACUGCUGAUCACCUAUGGUCACGGUAUGGGCCCCGUCGAGCCGCCCGGAUUCCGUUCAAAGAAGUCUAAAGAAAACUAA